CUCACCAGUCCGCGGACAUCCAAUCCAUCCGCACCCAUCCCCAAUUGAGAGACUUUCUGGUUAGGGUCGUACGGGAAACCGCGUCGAUUAGAUUAGGCCGCUCAUUAGAACAGCACAAACAACAACGCACGCAUCGACGCGAGAAAUCAACGCACAAACAACAACACAGGCUGGCAACCGAGUCGCCUCCCGCUUGCGCUCAGCUGCAACCAUAAGUGGCCCCUACAUUCCCACGACCUCCACUCCCAGUCUCCCUCUCUCCAGGAUCCACUCCAACAAACUUCACUCGACACCGCUACCCACAAACGGAAUGGUCGACCCAACACCAACUCCUCCCGCCGCGACGCAGGCUGAGCGCCACGAGCUGAUCAUUGAUACCGACGUCGGCAUAGACGACGCCACGGCUAUUCUGGUGGCUUUUCAACACCCGGCCGCCGAUAUUAAGGCCUUUACGAUCGUAGACGGCAACGUCGACCAACCCCAAGCCGUCAAGAACAUCAAGACACUAUGCGCGGUCGCCAAGCGUGAAGACAUCCCCAUCUACGCCGGUGCCGACGGGCCCAUCCUGCGCGGUCUGCACAAGAAGGAGCUGUGGCCUGGGCAUGGCGACGACGGAUUGGGCAACAUCACCACCAACAACAAUAACACUGACGACGGCGCGCUGGCGUUGCCUGGAGAUGGCCAUAUCCCAACCCAGAAGGAGGUGGCUGCCGCCGCCAUUGUGAGGAUGGUGAAUGAGAGGCCGGGAGCGUAUACGAUUGUUGCUGUGGGGCCUUUGACAAACAUCGGCAUCGCUCUUACUCUGGACACUGAGCUACUGACAAAGAUCAAGGGAUUGUACAUUAUGGGUGGAUGUCUGUUUGGCAAGGGAAACGCCAACCGCGCUGCCGAAUUCAACAUCCACUGCGACCCCGAAGCCGCCCACAUCGUCUUCCAAGCCGCCUCCACUCUCCCCCCACGCCCCACCCCCAUCAUCACCCUCCUCACCUGGGAACUAACCGUCGAGCACGGCUUCCCCUGGUCCUUCUUCGACUACCUCACGCAAGACUCCCCCGUCAACGCCCACGGCAAGUUCCUCCGCACCAUGAGCAAAUGCGCAGAGACGCUCUCCCGCGCGCAGCAUGAGUUGCUUGGAGGACCCGGGCCGACUACGCCUACUGCUGUGUUGGUGGAGAAGGAGGAGCUAGGAGUGAAGACGGAUGAGAAGACGGGGAAGAAGGUGCGCACGAGGAAUACUCAUGAGGAGUAUUUGUAUGGUGCCAAUUCGUUCCUUAUGCCGGACCUCUACGCCGUCGCAGCUCUCCUCGAACCCACCUCCGUCACCUCCUACAAAGACUGGGACGUCGGCGUCGAGCUCAACGGCAUCCACACGCGCGGGAUGACCCACAUGGACUGGUGGGGCGGGCACGGCAAAGGGCGCACGGGCCCGAAUGCGAGGGUUGUGCUGGCGAUGGAUAGGGAAGUGGUGAAGGAGAUGCUUGUUAGGACUUUUAAGACUGGGUUUUAGAGGUGUAGAUGCGGUGGAAUGGAGGACGUUGGGAGUAUUCUUAGGUGGAAGUAGGUAGCUGAGCGUGUCCUUUUUUAGAUAGACUUUUCAUUCUUCUGCUAUUUGGAAAAUCAUAUGAAGUUAGCAU